GUGUGUGUGUGUGUGUGUGGAGAGGAGAGUCUGUGUCCUGUUGUGUUUUAUUCUGGGUUUUGUCUUAUAGAAUGCCGGUGUUAGCAGGUUUUGAGAGUCGCUUGGACGCUGGGCAUUAGAGGAUGUUUGCGAUACAGCUCAUUGUGUUUUUCAUUGGUAUUAGGGGUGUUUGGUCAGCACCCGAGGAAUUUGUAAUUUCUUUGAUCGAAACGCUUUUCUCAAGUCCCGGCACUGCAUUUGCCUCGUCUCGUCUGUGAUCUUGUGACCUUGGUGCAAUCCAACUGCCUUCAUUAUAGCUCUCUCACUAUUUUUCGCCUUCGCAUUUCUUUUAGUCUGCAGGUUAUUUCUACAUUGGUACAUUUUACUUUUUGGCAAUUUUUAGAGCGUUCAAACCUCUUGAACUGCUGCAGCAUGUUGACUCAUCAUUCGUGUCUGAUCAGUGUCGGCCUUGCUUGAAUUCCUGAUGACUUCGGAGAUUUUCGACUUAGUGUUUCGGUGAAGAAUAUUGGGUUACUGAUGCUCGAGUUUCGCCCCUGAAGCACAGCAAAGUUGAUAAGUGACAGCUGGUAUAGAUGUGAUGGUUUCAUACUGCCUUAAGAUUAAAUAUUGAUGUAAAUGUUGCAGUUUUGUAGUCUUAAUUUUUUUUAAACUUAAGCACGCUUCUGGAACGCUAACAUGGCGAGCAAGCUUCAUCAACGUAAAGGGUUUUAUAAUUUUGCGGAAUCAAAUUCUACAGGAUAUAGAGGAUAGACUAAAGCUUCAGCAACCUUAGUUUUGAGUAGAGGGGCUCGUCACAUGCAAAACCGCUGAGUACACCACCGAAUCCCUCUAAUGUACUUCUAGAAGGUGUGUAUUGUGGGACUUUGAUAUAUGUUAUUACCAGCAGGUACGUCAUCUUCAAAUUCGCUUAGGCCAACACUGAGGUUUACCCAGCAACGGACUUGGUCAUCACAAGUGUCUGGACAUCGAGCUCGUGUUACUGCUGAAUACAGACGAGGAGGUGUGGGUGAUUUUAUGGCUGGUUUCUUUCUUGGAGGAGUUGUUUUCGGUGCUUUAGGCUAUGUGCUUGCGCCCCAGAUCACCAAGUCCUUGGAAGGGACACAAAAAGAGAAGGAGGACGAAUUAGAUUCAAAGAAGUCCAUGGAUAUGGAAGACGAUGAAAGUCUUGAGACAACACGGAAGAACCUGAACGAGCGGAUUGCACAAUUGAGCGCAGCUAUUGAUGACGUCUCUGCACAGGUGAAGAACGAUGUGCAGAACACUGUAUCUGAGAUUGAGUCACCGGUUGGAUUGUAAUCCCGGAGGUCAUUUUCGUACAUCUCACAUGUUGUGGCUAUAGAGCCCUAGAAAAUUACAUCAAUUCAGAUUCAAUUCUGAGUUAUAGCGGUAGUUGUGCGAAGAGCCCGUGGAGGAUUUGUGAACAUGUACUUUUCAGACUACAGAUCUGAUCAGGGAAUUGAUGAGAAUUUGUACACGUACUUAA